AUGACGCCUCCAGUAACCGCCUCCAACGGCACCUUCACCCAGCCGGCGCAAUGUUACAACUCCCGCAACUUGAUGCCCGACCUACCCUCGAACAUCAACUAUUAUAACCAGGUCCCGCUGUGGCAGGAAAAUGAUCCGCACAGGGAUAUGGAGGCGGUCUUGCAGUCCUGCUGCGCCUACCCAGUGUGGAUCACCGAAGAUCCAGACCCUUGUUUUGCCAUUUGCCGUUCGCACAAAUCAAAGGAGGCGAAGGAAGUGAUGUACUGCCUCAACGCCGAGGGCAUUGUGUACGGGAGCAAAACGGAGAUCUCGUCCGGUGUGCGGAGGGCUCCCGCGACGAGUUCCUCGCUGGUCUCGCUGGUUCUUGGAGGGAUACUGUUGUCGGGGAUGUUUCUCUGA